GUAUUGCGAACCAAGAGAUCCAUCUGUGGUCCAGAAGUGUAACUAAGCUUUUGGUCAAUAAAAGCGACAAAUAUUUAAUGAUAAUAAACAAUAGAAAUGCAGACCAAGAGUUGUACCAUUGAUGAAGUGACAGCACCUGACCAUCACUUUAUAGACAGACAAUAGAGAGUCCGAAGCAUGUCUUGCGAGUCGUGUCCAGUCAUAUGCUUGUCAUUGCUGAUCAUCGCCACUAUAGCAUUGGUCAUACAAUGCAAACAAGAGUUGGAUCAAACAAACCAAACAAAUCAGAGCCUAUGUAUUGGAUGUACGGCACAAGAGUGUCAGGCAAUGGAGUUCAUCUGCAAGAACUCGAGGUGUGUUCCACUUGAGUAUAUAUGUGACGGUGAAGAUGAUUGCGGCGAUAAAUCAGAUGAAUUUGAUUGUCAUCUGUUCUGCAAUUCGUCGACACAAUUCAGUUGUGAGUCCGGACACAAGUGUUUGGAUACCAGUUAUAAAUGCAACGGUGUUUGGGACUGCAGUGACGGCGCCGAUGAAGAGAAUUGCUUCCAAAACACGUACAAUAAGACAAAACCUUCGGCUGUCAAGUGUCACGACAACGAAUUUCACUGUACUUCCGGUGAUUGUAUACAAAAUGCGUUUGUUUGCGACAAAAAGAAAGAUUGUUUUGAUGGAAGCGAUGAAAAUGACAAGAUUUGCUUUAAGACGAACCACACCUGCAAUUCUGACCAAUUUAUGUGCAAAUCUUCGGGAUUUUGUAUACCUCUGCACCGCAAAUGUGAUUCACAUAAUGAUUGUGAAGAUAACUCUGACGAAGACGAGUGUCUUAAUUGUUUUCUUCCAAAUAGAGAGUGUGUCUCUAUUAAAGACAAUCGAACUAUUUGUUUACAGAUAUCCAGAUUCUGUGACAACAAUAUUGAUUGUGUCAACGGUACCGAUGAGGACGGUCUCUGUCACAGUGAUCACUGUUUUUUCAAUCAGAGCUCAAUUCAUUGCACCGGUUCGUGUCAUAAUAUUCCAGAUGGCUUGGGAUACACGUGUUUAUGUCCCGAUGAUCUCUCUUUAUUAGAAGACAAUAUCACUUGUAGUACAACAAAGAGUUGUAAGAGUUGGGGUAUCUGUAGUCAAGAUUGUGUCCAAAUAAAUCAGAUGAAAUUCAAGUGCGAAUGUAGAAGUGGCUAUCAAUUACAAUCUGAUGGUUUCACCUGCAAGAGCACUGACCCAACCAUACCUUAUGUUAUAUUCUCAAACAGACAUGAGAUCCGAAGCGUUGAUUUAAAUACAAUGUCUGUUAAGCCUCUUCUUUCGGGUUUAAAGAAUACAAUAGCUUUAGAUUUCUUUAAUUCUGAUAAAGAAAAUAUGAUUUUCUGGACGGAUGUGAUGGACGAUAAAAUUUUUAGAGGAUUUCUUAUUCACGGGUCUCUCACUAAUAUCGAGUCCAUCGUUCAAAUAGGUUUGGCUACUGCUGAAGGACUGGCGGUUGAUUGGAUCGGACAUAAUAUUUAUUGGGUUGAAAGCAAUUUGGAUCAGAUAGAGGUUGCAAAAUUGAAUGGUAGUUAUCGGCGAACUUUAAUUGCUGGACAAAUGGUUAGUCCCCGAGCCAUAGCACUUGAUCCGAGAUUCGGUAUAUUGUUUUGGACGGAUUGGGACUCUGAGUCUCCACGAAUAGAGUCGGCGUCAAUGAGCGGUGAAGACAGAAGAGUUGUUUAUAAAGUAGAUUCGAGUGACGGCGCGUGGCCUAAUGGACUGGUCCUCGACUAUACCACACUCAGAAUAUAUUGGAUUGAUGCCCGAUCUGACUCUAUUAAUACUGUCAAAUAUGACGGAACCGGAUAUCACGAAGUUCUUCGAGGACAUGAACUUUUAACUCAUCCAUUUGCUAUUGCAUUGUAUGAAAAUCAUGUUUAUUGGACUGACUGGAGAACCAAUUCAGUAAUUCGUGCCAACAAAUGGAAUGGAACCGACAUUAAAGUUGUUCAAAGAGCUAUCACUCAACCAUUUGAUAUCAAAAUAUUUCAUCCGUCACGACAGCCAACAGAUAAUAUAACAUCUUUAUGUGCCAUUAAUAAUGGCAACUGUUCUCAUCUGUGUCUUAUAAACAUAAACAAUACUUAUCAAUGUAAAUGUCCGCAUAUUAUGAAACUCGAUGUCGAUAACAAAACCUGUAUUCCUAACGAUAAAGUUUUGCUAAUAUCGCGACAAAAUGAGAUAAGAGGUGUUGAUUUAGAACAACCCUAUUAUCAUACGAUUCCACCAAUAAAUCUGCCAAAAGUAAUAUAUGCCUCACAAAUGGAUUACAUCGCUAAACAUAAACAGGUUUAUUGGGCCGACACUCAACUCAAUGAAGUUAAGAAAGCUAUGCUUAUAGGAAGUCCAGUCGAGACUAUAAUCGAUACGGUAAUUACCAGUCCUUAUGGUUUCGCUAUUGAUUGGAUCGCUGAGAAUCUGUUUGUCACUUCUCAAGACACAAAUCCGAAAAUAUUUGUAUGUAAUCUAAAGGGUGAGUUCAUCUCAGAAAUUAUAACAGAAGGUCUCUAUAAUCCACGAUCUUUGGUCACACAUCCUAUGAAUGGUAUAAUAAUUUGGUCGGAUUAUGGAUUUGAAGACAAUGAUGACACUAAUAAAAGUAGAGACGCUGUUAUAAAACAGGCAGCUAUGGAUGGAAGUGAUAUUAAAGUAUUAGUCGAUAAAUCACACAACAAGUAUUUGGAUCAGCCAUCAAGUCUUGCAUUAGAUUUACAAUCAAUUCCUAAUCGUUUGUAUUGGGUUAACAUUGGCAGCGCUACCAUUCAAUACAUCGAAUUGGGAUCAGAUGUGAUACACAUGUUAUUAAAUUCGGGAGAAAAUCCACGCAAAGAAGUGGAACCGUCAGCUCUGUCUGUUUACCAAAAUUUUGUACUAUUUUCAUCACAAAUCGAUAACUCAAUUCAUAUGAUUGACAAAACCAAUGGAUCAAUUGAAGCCAUAUUUCGAAAUCAAACUGAAGAUGUGAUCUCACUUAAAGUUUAUGACAAAUCACUUCAAACCGGUUCCAAUUUAUGUGAAAACAAUGGCAAUUGUUCACAUCUAUGUUUAAUGGUAUCAGCUGUCAAAAGAGUAUGCAAGUGUGCUAUCAGUUUUAAUGUUGAUCCAAAUAAUGAAACCAAUUGUUUGGGUCACGACAUCUUUCUUAUGUAUUCAUGGAAUUGGGGAAUAAGAGGUAUCAGUGCCGAACCAAACGAUACUUCAGAGCCUAUGCUUCCGCCUAUAUCUAGAGUUCUAAUGGCUUCUACUAUUGACUACGUCUAUGACUUGGGAUAUAUCUAUUGGGUGGACAGCGAUGACGGAAGUAUUACUCGUAUCAAAAGAGAUACAACUAGUCAUCAGAUUAUAGUUCACGGAAUUGAAAAAAUUGAAGGAUUUGCUGUCGACUGGAUUGCAAAUAACAUCUAUUGGGUGGACCCUGACUUUGAUGUCAUCGAAGUGUCGCAUUUGAACGGCAGCUCACGUCAUGUCAUACUUUCUGGAAAUAUGAGUAAACCGAAUGCACUGACUGUACAUCCAAUACAAGGCUUUAUAUUCUGGAGUGAUAUCGGAAUUACUAUGAGAAUCGAAAGAGCACUUCUUGAUGGAACUCAGAGGACUGUCAUUUGUAACUCUAGUAUAGAUUAUAUUAAUGAUUUGGUUGUCGAUGUACUCGAAGAUAAAAUUUAUUGGACCGAUAGUCAGGCCAUUAGAAUAGAAAGAAUGAGUUUAGACGGCAGCGAUCGUGAAGUUAUAAUAUCGGGAUCUCAUAUCAUUAGUCCCAUUUCUAUUACAAUAUAUAAUCAAUAUAUUUAUUGGGCCGACACUAACUAUUUAGGCGGUUCUAUAAUUAGAGCCGACAAAGAUAAUGCAAAUGCAACGGUCACUCCCUUACAGAUACAAAUGGGAGACCAUAUUAAAGAUGUUCGAGUAUUUUACAGAAGACCCACUUCUAAGAUCAAUCGAUGUGCUGUUAAUAACGGCGACUGUCAAGACCUAUGUUUGUUUAGAGGACCAGAAUUAGGUCAUCGGUGUGCGUGUGCUCACGGGAAGAUUGCCGAAGACAAUCACACGUGCACACCAUAUGAGGCAUUUAUCAUGUAUUCAAAAGUCACUGAAAUUGAUUCAAUUCAUGUGAAUAACGAACAAAACCUGAACGCUCCGUAUUCUAGUAUUACAAACAAAGAAUAUAUGAGAAAUGUUAUCGGACUUACAUUUGACUAUUUGUCCAAAAGAGUCAUUUACUCAGAUAUUCAAAGAGGAAGCAUAAGCAGUAGUUUUUUCAAUGGAACCGAUCACAAGGUAUUGGUUGAGAAACAAGGAUCUGUUGAAGGUAUAGUCUACGAUCAUUUGUAUGGCGAACUGUAUUGGACCAGUAAUAGUGACGCUUCUAUUUCAAGAAUUAAUUUAAGAAAAAAUAGUUCAAAGAUUGAAAAAAUUAUAAAAUUAGGAAUUGAAGAUAAACCCCGAGGAAUAGCUGUAGAUAGUUGUGCUUCACGGGUCUAUUGGACCAAUUGGAACAAUAGAAAUCCUAGUAUUCAAAGAGCUUACCUGAGUGGCUAUGAUUUGCACGCAAUUAUCACAACCGAUAUCCGAAUGCCAAACGCUCUAACCAUUGAUCAUAAACUUCAGAAGCUUUAUUGGUCUGACGCAAGAUUGGAUAAAAUAGAAAGAUGUGAUUUAGAUGGAAGUCAUCGUUAUUUACUAUUAACAGAGACACCUAAACAUCCAUUUGAUUUGGCAAUUCUUGACGACUAUCUUUUUUGGACGGAUUGGGUCGAACACGCCGUUCUCCGUUGCGAUAAAUUUACCGGAUCUCAAGUGGUCAAACUUCGUCGCAAUAUUCCCCGACCAAUGGGUAUAAUCGCAGUGUCUAAUGAUACUGAAGAUUGUACUUUAAAUCCUUGUCUUCCACUUAACGGCGGUUGUGAAGACAUUUGUUCCGUUUUGCUCAACGGUUCGAUUUCAUGCAAUUGUUUGACCGGAAAAGUUCUAUCAUCUAAUGGCAAGAUAUGUGUUGUCAAGAAUACCAGCUGUACUGAUAUAGAGUUUGAGUGCGGAAAUGGAGUUUGUAUACCGUUUGAGUUAACAUGUGAUGGCGUUAAUGCCUGUCACGAUGGCUCUGAUGAAGAACUCAACUAUUGUGCCACAAGAGAAUGUCCAAAAGGUUUCUUUCGUUGUUCAAACAAUCGGUGUAUUUUAAUGUCGAAGCACUGCGAUGGACAAACAGACUGUACAGAUGACGAAAGAGACUGUGAAUGUAGUGCCGAUAAAUUCAAGUGUAAAGACGGCCCGUGUAUUGGAGCACAAUUCCGUUGUGAUGCCGAUCCUGAUUGCAGUGAUGUAAGUGAUGAAAUUGGAUGUCCCGAACGACCCGACUGUUCCAAACAUCCACUUUUCUGGGAUCCCGAACAGAAAUUUAUCAAUUGUCCGUCAACUACGGCUUGUAUUCAUCCCGAUUGGUUAUGUGACGGACAAAACGAUUGUUGGGAUAAUUCUGAUGAAGAAAACUGUAAGACUAAACAUAUAGAGACUUCUUGUCCAUCAAAUUCAUUCAAAUGUCGUACAACACAAUGCAUACCAAUGACAUGGGUUUGUGAUCGCGACAAUGAUUGCGAUGAUCGCAAUGGAACCGUUAGUUCAGAUGAAGAGAAUUGCGAUUAUGGUUGUCAUGAAGACCAAUUUCGGUGCAAUAACUCUGAUUGUAUUCCCAGUAUCUGGAGAUGUGAUGGUCAUCAGGAUUGUUCAGAUGGAAGUGAUGAGACAUUAGAUUGUAAGACAAGAACCUGUCCGGAUGACUGGUUCAGAUGUAACAAUACAGGUCAAUGCAUACCUGCUAUUUGGGUUUGCGAUGGCGAGAAUGAUUGCGGCGAUUCACAAGCCAGCGAUGAACAUCCAGAACAGGGAUGUAAUCACAGUGUUUGCAAAAACAAUGAAUUUGCGUGUAAUAACUUUCAGUGCGUUUUACAACACUUUUAUUGUGAUGGAGAUGACGAUUGCGGCGAUAAAUCAGACGAACCAGAGAACUGUGUCUUUAGAAAGUGUUCGAGUGAUCAGUUUGAAUGUCGCAACAAGAAAUGCAUCGCAAAGACGUGGCUUUGCAACGGAAUCGAUGAUUGUCACGAUGGCGAAGAUGAGUCCCUUAGCAAGUGUGCCAACAAUUCAACAACCGGUGGAUCCAAAUGUACGGACGGAAAGUUUGAGUGCGAGAAUGAAAAGUGUAUCGAAGCUGACCUUCUCUGUAAUGGUAACGACGAUUGUGGCGACUAUUCCGAUGAAUCUAAAUGUAAUGUUAAUGAAUGUGAAACUAAGAUUCAAUGCGCCCAGAAAUGUGAGGAUAUGCCUAUUGGCUAUAAGUGCAGCUGUUUUGAUGGCUUCGAGCUUAUUGAUGGCGGACGCAUCUGUAAAGACAUUGAUGAAUGCAAGACUAAGCGUCCCUGUAGUCAACACUGUCGUAAUACCUAUGGUUCAUAUGUCUGUUCUUGUGAUAAAGAUUAUUAUUCAAUAGAUAAUGGUGUUAUGUGUAAAGCCAACAGCACUAUUACUUCGACAAUAAUCUUCUCAAAUCGCUAUUUUAUACGACAAAUUAAUACUAAAGGACACGACAGUAAACUUGUUGUUCGCAAUCUAACAAAUGCUGUGGCACUUGAUUUUGAUUGGUUUGAAAGAUGUAUUUAUUGGUCAGAUGUGACUGCUUUAGGAAGUGCUAUAAAACGAUUGUGCGAUUCAAAUGACACUUCAGCCGAACAGAUACUUCAUUCAGAAACUGUUAGAAGUCCUGAUGGUAUUGCUGUCGAUUGGGUCGGACGUAAUCUUUAUUGGUGUGAUAAAGGCAAAGACACCAUUGAAGUCUCGCGAUUAAACGGCAUGUUUCGUAAAGUGCUUAUCAACACUAGUCUUGAAGAGCCUCGAGCUAUAGUUUUAAAUCCAUACGAAGGCUAUUUAUAUUGGACUGAUUGGGGCGAUACUCCCUAUAUUGGUAGAGCAGGAAUGGAUGGCUCGCAGUUUACUAUAUUAAUUAACGAGAGUCUUGGAUGGCCUAAUGCACUGACCAUUGAUUACAUAACUAAAGAAUUGUUUUAUGCGGACGCACGAGAAGAUUAUAUAGCGGUAACUGAUUUGGACGGCAAAAAUCGACACAUUAUUGUUACCCGAAAGACAUCACAUUUCGUACACCAUGUGUUUGCAUUGACUGUCUUCGAGAACACUCUUUAUUGGAGUGAUUGGGAAACUAAAGCCAUUCAAUAUUGCCAUAAAUAUCAUUGCAAUAAUGUGUCCACUUUGACAACAACAUCCCAUAGACCUAUGGAUUUACAUGUAUAUCAUCCAUAUAGACAAUUGCCAAUUCCUAAUGCAAAUCUAUGUGCUAAUACAUGUCCCACAUUAUGUCUUAUAAAACCAAACGGUGGCAGUGAAUGUGUGUCAGUCACAGAUCUGAUACCACAACAAAAUAAUAAGACAUGUGCUGACAAUUGCACUCUUUCCGAGUUUGCUUGCAUUUCAACGUGUGAUUGCAUACCAUUCUGGAAGAAAUGCGAUAAACGUUUGGAUUGUUCAGAUGGUUCCGAUGAACCAAAAAAUUGUCCCUCAUUUCUAUGUAAUCCGGGUCAGUUCCAGUGCGAUAAUCGAAACUGUAUUUCACCCAAUCAAAUAUGUGAUGCCAUUAGUCAAUGUGGUGACGGUUCUGAUGAAAAAGAUUGUGACAAAUACACAUGUCUUCCGAGUCAAUUUAAAUGUGCAUCAGAUGGAACAGUUGGGGCCCAUUGUAUUAGUAUAUCAAGUAGAUGUGAUGGACCAAUUGAUUGUCCACUAAAAGAUGAUGAAGAAGAUUGUCCUGUAAAAGUGUAUAAAAGCAGUUCAUAUGGUUUGGAUUUAACCACAAAAUGGAUAUUAAUAGUUGUCAUACCUAUUGCCAUCAUUUUCAUACUACUUUUGAUUGUCUUUAUUGGUGUAUUCGCUUUAAGACUAAGAAAAAGUAAUCGUGCAUUUCUUCACCGAAGAAUGCAAGAGAAUGGCAUUAAUGUUGAGAUUAAUAACCCGAUGUUUGGCGAAGAUUUUGACGACGAUUUGAGUCCAACUCAUGCUUUAAGUCGUAAUUUUACUCUUGAAGUCAACGAUAAGAGUACAAACUUUGCAAAUCCUUUAUAUGAAUUUCAACAAAACACUGAAGAAGAAAAACGAAAUCUUCUCAUACCUGACAAUGAGAUCAAUUGUAACGACGACUCUAAAGAUGUUUAUCUUAAUGAUCAUCCGUUAGCUUAAAAUACUUAGACUACUACUGAGUGAGUACUGAGACUCACUAAACUUCAUUGUCGAUGAACUAAGUCUUUGUUUUGUUUGUUAAUAAUUAUUUAAUUAAUUAAUUAAAUUUACUAAUUGUUUAAAUGUUUGAAUAUUUAUAAUGAAUGGCAAUUGUUUGAUAUGAAUCUCAU